AUGAGUUGCAGACAACCAAGAACUUACGUCCAAGUUCGCAAGGCUUUGCAGAAGAAAGACUUUAAAGAGAGAAGAGCAAGGGAAGUGUUGGCUGAUGCUGCAGAAGCGGGAAAAAGCAUUCGCUAUGCCCGUCGAGACUUCGCCAAUCGCAAGACUGCUCUCCGGAACCCAAGAGAAAAUCAUCUACGAUUUUUACUCUGUCGUUUUCAUCAUUUUGACAGCCACGUCGGCUUUGUUCCAUCUGAGGGAAGAUGGACAUGUCAUUCUCGAGGUUCUCCCGUGCGAGUUACGACAUGCUAUCAUGUCGGCAAGAAAUCGUGGGCACCCUCUCCGGAAAGAAUAAGGUCAGAACAUCUAGAACAUCUAAAGAACCAUUUGCUAGUACUUGUCAACACUGGCAAGACUCUUCACACAUUACUUGUCGCAAUGCAAGGUUCCUAA